CACACCUGACUGAAGUACUGAACCCGUCCAGAUCAAUUGCAGUCCCACUCAUCCAACCCCACCGCAGAAGCAGCACCGCAGGCCGCACGGCGAUGCUCUCCUCCGUUGCCUUGUCGCCACUCCGCGCAUCCCCUACCCGCGCCGCCGCUCGCCGGAGCGCCGCGGCGACCAUCAUCACGAUGCGGGACCGGAGCAAGAACCGAAAGCCGACGCAGCGGGGGCGGUACCUGAGCACCGAGGCCAUCCAGGCCGUCCAGUCCCUCAAGCGCGCCGCCCUCCGCGGCGCCCCCGCCGCCUCCGCCGCGGUGGAGCCCAAGCUGCGGCGGCUCCUCAAGGCCGACCUGGUCGCCGUCUUCCGCGAGCUCGCCGCGCAGGGCGAGGCCCUCCUGGCCCUCCAGGUUUUUGAAGGGAUUCAGAAGGAGCAUUGGUACAGGCCUAGGUUGCUGUGGUACGUUGAUCUUGUUACAGUGCUUGCAAGCAAAGGUUUGCGGUCGGAGGUUGACAAAGCCUGUUCAUAUCUGAAGAGGGAACAAUUGGAGCCUGACACUGAGGGUUUCAAUCUGCUUCUGAAGGCACUCCUAGAUGCUGGGUUCACACAAUUAGCAAUGGACUGUUUCCGUCUAAUGAAAUUAUGGGACAGUGAUCCUGACAGGAUAACAUACAGAACACUGAUCAAAGGUCUUGAAUCCCUAGGAAAGAUGGACCUAUCUGCUGAUACACGGUUGGAGGCGGAAAAUGAGUAUGGUUCCUUGGACUUCCUCGAUGAAGUGGAGAUCGACAAGGCUUACAUAAGUAGAGCUUUUUGAUCCAACUCCAAUCAGCAGGAGUUACAUUUGCAAAGUUUAGAAUGAUUAUAUGGCAACUUGGCAAAGAAAUCAUUCCCAAAUAUUAUACAUUGUAUUGAAAUCAGAACAAUAGAACUUGUUGCAGCAACAACUAUUGACCACUAAUAUCUACUAGCUGAUUAUCAAGAAACGUUGAAGAAGGGCUUCCUGCAGCUGUCAGCCCAUGUUUUCUAUUGUAACUUGUCUAGAUUUUUGUUUGAAAAAUUCUCUGUAUCUAAUCAUACUGUUGCUGCCUAAAGUAUAGUCACGUUACUGA